GGACCAACCACUCAUUGGGUAGAAUCUUUCGAGAAGGCUCGAGAAGAAGGAAGCGGAAGUAGCACGUGGAGGGGCCGGUGGAGGCGCCGCAGCGCGCCGGUGAGCGAGCGGCGGAAGAUCCAGGCCGGCAGCGCGAGCUCCGGAGCGACUCGCGGACACCGAGCACCGCCUUCUCCCGUGGCUACUGCUCUGCGAACCACCACUGUCCCCGGGAAGUCGGAGGUGUCAGACCGGCAGACUGUCCGUGUGUCCGUCCGUCCUCCCGC